AUGUACGGUGCCGAGAUGGUCUUCUCAAAACCUAGGGAUCAAGAGUAUAUGGAUUGUUACCAAAGGAAAAGAAGUGUGCACGAAAGCAGCCCAGUUACGGGAACUCCAGACUCUGAGGCAUCCACUGAGGAGCAAAAGGUGCAGUCUAAGGUUCACCUUGAACCCUCUGCGCCCUCAGUAUAA